AUGGAAGAUAUGACCAUGCUCCCGCCAAUCCCUUGCCUUCAGUCACAAGCCCAGUUACUUGAGUCCGAAUAUGAAACCGACUGUCAUAUAGAGAAUCUCGUCGUUUCUCCACGUCUGGCUCCUCAACUUAUCAGCGGCAAUGAAAAUGAUUUUAGCGUUACUUGCCAGAUUACCACGAUGUCUCCCGUUGCAACGACCAUGCUCGAAUUUUCGACAACGACUGGCAGUGAGACUGAAUCGGAGCAAGAAAACACUCCCACCAUAAAGCUAGAAAACAUGGACCAUUUGCCAACAUCCAGGCGUACACACAUAGCCAAGACCUGCAAACUACAACUCCGAACCUCGCUCCCCGAUACAAAGACGACGUUUUCAUCAGUGUUGAGCAAGCGUACAAAGAAUGGAAUGGUUCUGCCUCGCAAUAGCUCACAAGUCUUUGACAGAGCAUAUUGGGAAAUAACCUCGCCAGAGGAGCUUGGCUUGUUUUCUUCCGUUUUUGGGUCAAAAGGAACGAAACGCUCCCGACAAACGAGAAUUGAAUUAUGGAUACCGGGAAACACCGACGACAUCAAUUUUGACUUUCCAGGUCUGAAGUCAAUCAUGUUGAGAACCAAACUCGGGAAUCAUAAUGUUGCCUGCCAGAAGUCACGGAACCAAAUACCUGAUAACAAAUCUGUUCCACCAAACUUUACAGGCACGGUCCAAAGUGAAGACCGCAAAGUUAUUAGCUCCUGCAACCGAGCUACAUUUAAUCCCAGUGGGAAAGCUUCGGUACCAUUGGACAUACUCGCAUUCUUCCCUCAAACUGAACUCAGAAUCGAGGUUGAACAUGUUCGAAAGUCCCUUUACAAAAUUAUGCCACUUGAGAUUAUACAGCAUAUAAUGGAAGAUAGCUCACGAUGCCCAGCAUGGACAGCCAAAGGACCCCGAUGCCGCAAUCAACUCUCUACAAGACCUAUCAUCUCGUCAAUUGGAAAUUUGCCUUCCGUGGAGAUUAGUGGGCUUUUAUCACAGAUCCAGAGCCUCAUAAAUUCGACGCUCUGUUCAACGCACCGUAGGGUCGCAUUACGUGAAAUUGAAGGGUGGAAAGCAGAUUUCGCAAAUCUUUCGACGGUUCAAGGGCCUCGAGACAGCUCCUACGUCCAUGACAGGCGGCUAUUGGCCAUUGCUAGCUGGAUUUACCUCAUGAGUAAGGAUGCAGCUUCUCAAAAAGACAAAAGCGCUUCGCCACUGCCAAAGAUAAAAACAGAGCUUGAGAGCAAAAUAAAACAAAUCAACCCAAUCCAGGAAUUCAAGCCCUACGUUGCUACAGCUCGAGCUGAGAGGCUGGCCGAAGAGAUAACGAAACUCGUUAAACGGCCUCUCCUGCCGAGUGAAAUCAAUCGAGCAGGGUUUAUCUAUAUUUUCUGGCAAAUUGGGAACUUUGGGUACAUGAAAAUUGGACUCUCUGCAGAUGUGGGUCGCCGCCUCAAAGAAUGGGAGAAACAAUGCAAGAAGAAAAUCGAUGUACACUUCCCGGAUAUCAACGGAGACGAGGACCACGAGGAUUUGCAAAAGGUCCCACAUAUCUGUCGUGUUGAAGCCCUGGUUCAUAUGGAAUUGCUUGAAUAUCGGAGAAUUGAGAAGAAAUGCCCCGGCUGCUCUCGGUCGCACAAAGAAUAUUUUGAAAUUUCGAAGGAAAUUGCGAUUCAAGUCGUACGGAAGUGGAUCGGUUGGAUGCGAUCCCUCCCAUAUGAAAAGCGUACUAUAGGAGGGAAAGAUCAAUGGGUGCUCAAGAGUGAAGAAUCGAAGCAUUUGGCUGAUUUAUGUCGACCGCUACGGCUGACGCCAACUUCUGGCUCCUCGCCAGACAAAGAGAAGAUAACUUCUCUUCGCCCUCGUCUUUCGCUUCCCAGUACUGCGAGAAAUGAAGGGAGACGAAGGGGCAGGAAGAUAACAAUAUAG